AUGUAUCAACCAAGACCAACAAAGAAAUUUAAACCAAACUCAUAUUCAUCAUCAUCAGCAUUAACAUCAACAGUAACAUCAACAGUAACAUCAACAGUAUCAUCAACAGUAUCAUCAACAGUAUCAUCAACAGUAUCAUCAACAUCAUCAAAUUUUAACUUUCGAUCAUAUUCACCUCCUGAUUUUCCAUUAACUUCAGAAGAAUGGGGUCGAACAACACCAUAUUAUUUAUCAGAAAAUGACCCUUCAGUAUGGGACGAAAGCUCCAGAGCAACACCAGUAGAUUCAACAAUUCAUGACCAAGAUGAUUUUAUUCCUUUUUCUAAUAGUCCAAAAAGUCCAAACUAUCUAGAAUUCAACACAGCUCCAACACCAGAAUUCAACUCUGCUUCAACACCAAUUCUUAAUGAAAUAGAAAGAUUUAAUUCAAAAUAUGCAGUUAAAGCCACAGGUGAAAUUUUGUUUAAUCCAAUAGAUGAUACUUCUUCUUUAAAAAGGAAUUUAGAUCAAAAAUUAUUUAAUACGAUGGAAGAGCAUAAUAUUAAAUUCUUACCAAGCUUUGGUUAUACAAUUCCAAGUAUUAAAAACACUUUGUCAAUUUUAAAUCUAGGGGUAAGUGAUGCUGAUGAAAUUCAAAAAUGUUUUGGGGUUGCUACAAUGGAUUAUUUGAUCAAUUAUCUUGCAGAAGCUGGACCGAAAGAUGAUAGUGCUUCCCCCGUGGUUAUUUUGGUCACUGAAUCUGUUCACCCACUUAUGGAUGUCUUGGAAAAAUUGGAUAAAGCUAACUCCUUUAACAAAAUCAUUUUCAAUCCCAAUGGUUUACAAAAACCAGUUAAUAUACUUAUAAUUAGACCAGUUCACUUCUGUGAAUCAAUUUUGCUGGGAAAUUUGGAAGUUGAUGAUACAAAUUUAGUUAUAAUAGAAGACGUUAAAAUUUUCUUCAAAUGUCAGGAAAUAGUCUUCAAAUUAACCUUGGAUAAGUUUAAAAUCUCAACAACUUUUGUUUGGUUUGCUACAAAGUUAUCCGGUGAAUUUAAAAACUAUCUCAUCGAUUUCAGUGAUGCUAUUAGUGUUGCAUAUAAUAUUAAAAAUUCUUUCGAUAAAAUAGAGAAAAAAUUGAUAUUGGUAAAUUUCAAGAAUCCAUUAAGUGUUGCUCAUUUGUCUCCUGACAAUCUCAAAACUUUGCCCAAACAUCAACGAAGAGAAAGAGUAAGGGAAUCAAAUCAACUUGCAUUACAAGCUAAAGUUGAUGAAAUUGUCAAACUCAAAAAAUCAUUUGCUAAAGAUAAUGAAUCAUUUGGUAAAAAUGUUAUUGUUUAUGUAAAAGGUAGAAAAGAUGCUGCUCAAAUAGCUAAUUCCUUAAGACAACAAUCAAUUCAAGCCUUUCAUAUAUAUUCAAAAAUUCCUUUCGAAGAAAGAGAAGAGAUUGAAGAAGCUGUAAUACAAAAAGAUGCAAUUUUAAUUACUCAUGAUACACGAUUUUUAAAAGAUAAAGAAUAUAUCAUUGAAUUUGAAGCUACGAGAUUCAACAGCUAUCUUAAUAGAAUUAAUAAUUAUGGAAAAAAUGCAAUUGAAAAUGUUGUUACUUUUUUUACUUUAGAUGAUAUAAAAUAUUUUAAAAGUUAUCAAAUAUUUUUUGAAAAAAAUGGUAUUGAAAUUGCUAAAGAAUUUUAUGAUCAUAUUGAUAAACAAAGUAACUGA